AUGCCCACGAGAAGCAGUACCAAACGGACUCGCGCACCCCGGAAGCGCGUCUCAAAAGCUUGCACAAGAUGCCGUGACCAAAAGAUAAAGUGCUCCGGCCUGGAACCUUGCCAGCAGUGCAGCAAGAGAGACUUGGAUUGCCACUUCCCUGACGAAUCGCAAAAGAUCGUGGUUACUAGAAAGUACAUCAGUGAAUUACGCGAGAGACUUGAGGCGUACGAGAGUCACCCUACCUAUCGCCAUCCGAGAGGUGAUAAUCUCAACCACCUAGCGACCCCAGAGAUGUACGACGAUUCGACUUCCUUCACAGAUAGCAAUCUAAGAAUAAAUCAACGUUCUCCAAAUUUCGGCCCCGCAACACCAUCAUCCAGAGCGCCGACAGCAUCUAAUAUCAUGGAUGAGCCCACUGAGGCACCACUCACAAAUCCCCUGGCGUUCCAUACAAUAGACUGGGUUCCGGGCCCCCAUGGAUCUCCAGUCUUCAUGGGAACAUCGUCCAACUGGGCCUUUGGCCGGCGAGUUCUGACCAUAACGCACGAAUCAAUAACAGGAACUCCUCUGCAAAUCGAUAACCUCUUCUUCGAUGGUAACGUGUAUGAUCUCAAGUGGGAUGGCAGCCGAUCGCCCUCCACAAUAGAUGACUUUAGUCAUUCCAGCCUUCCAACUCAGGACUUUGCGAUUUACCUCAUCAACUCGGUAAAGUUUCGCUGUGGUUCAUUGUUCUAUCUAUUCGAGGAAGAGACUUUCAUGAAGCAGUUUUCAAAAUUCCAUGAAAAUCCAUCGAAUCUCUCAUCUCUCUCUCGCUUGUGGUAUGUCCACUACUUGAUUAUUCUGGCUUUCGGGAAGGCUUUCGUAGUGCAGACCACCAAAUCCCAGACACCUCCUGGAGUCGAACUUUUCGUCCAAGCCAUGAAGUUAAUGCCUGAUUUUACUUUCUUUGAAGGGGACCGGCUGGAGAAAAUACAAGUCCUCUGUUGCGCUGCGUUAUAUCUGCAAUGCCUCACCUGCCGUACGGCAGCGUACCGCUUUAUCUCACAAGCCGUCAGCCUGGCACUAGAAGGUGGGAUGUAUACCGAGAUGCAAGGCCAAUACUUGGAUGAUACCUAUAUCCAGAGGUGUCGUCUAGUUUGGUGGACCAUUUAUGUGCUCGAGCGACAAAUGUCUACUCUGCUGGGGGUGCCAAUGCUCAUACAAGAUGAGAACAUUUGCACGCCGUUCCCUGUGCAUAUGCAUCAAGGACAGAGGACAAAUGUCAUGCACAUUCAAGUGAAGCUAGCCCAGAUUCUUGGUCAGAUACACCGCAGUGUUUACGGGAUCGACGGGCAGCUUGAUAGCCGCUAUUUGGGCGCCACCAAAUCGGUACUUCAAAAGAUUGCCGACGCGGCUAACCAGCUGAACGACCUAUUUGACAUCGACCCCAGUGAGCAGAUGUCUGGAGUGUCUCGCGUGUCGGCUCACUUACAUCUCCAAUAUCAUCAAUGCAUCGUCCUCACUACGAGGCCACUGCUCUUUAUAUUCCUUCAAUCGAGGUUGGGCCAAUCUCAGGGUACACCCUUGCGCUGGGCACAUUCAGAAAGUGUCAAGGGUCUUCUCCAUGUGUGUAUGGAAUCUUGUUGUCAGAUUAUCAAGAUUCUAUCACAGCUGUUAAACCAGGGACUUCUAGAGAGCUUUUUGACCUUUGAUGUUGACGCAGCGUUUACGGCAACCAUUUCCAUCUUAAUGGGAGCUGCUAUUGAUCACUCGCUGCUUCCGGAUCAUGCUCAGUUAACUCAAAGAGCUUAUACAAUUUUUGAAGAGAUGGCUUCGCAUGGAAGCAAAAUUGCCGAGAUGAUCGCUUCAGAACUCAAACAACUUGACGGAUAUCUCGAUCAACUCGAGCCGAAUGGCGAAGAAGCAUCGACUGGCCAGGAGUAUCUCUCAGACGAUAUGGAACAGAUCAACUCCGGUGCACAACUGCCGGCCCAUUCCAUGUUAGACGUUGGGUUCGCAGAUGGCGUCGAUUUCGGCCUUAAUUUUGAGCUGAGCACUGAACAGCUAAUGCAAUUGGCGAACUCGCUCGAUCUUGACAGUUUGGCCCAACCAAUUACAGUCCCGCCGCCAUAG